AUCACAAUCAUGUCGAACAAAACGCAAAUCGUUUUGGAGAAGAUUUUCCAAGAUAUACUAGCAGCGUCGGGAGAUUCCACAGAAACCAUCAACCAAUCGCAGAUCAUUUCGGUGCUUCGGAAGCAAGCGGGGAACGAAGACUUGGAGUCGCUGAUGUUCAAGGUGAUGAGGGAUGCCCAGAGUCGUCUCAACCUGAGCCUGAAGCCGGAAACCUGCGGGUACUGUGCAGGGGGCUUUAGAGAAGUCAUUGAGGCGUACAAUGGCAUUCACGGAUACGUCAGUUUACUGGUGUGCACCGUAGGCGUGAUAGCCAACUGCCUGAACGUAGCAGUGCUGACGCGGAAGGACAUGGCCGCGGCGCCUAUAAACAGGCUCCUAAAGUGGCUGGCCGUGGCCGACGUGUUCGUCAUGCUGGAAUACGUGCCCUUCUCUGUCUACAGGUAUCUGAUUCUUCCCGAGAAACUGGACUUUCCCUACAGUUGGGCGAUGUAUCUUCUCUUCCAUAUGCACUUUGCGCAGAUUAUGCACACUGCCUCUAUCUGCCUCACUCUAUCACUCGCUAUUUGGAGAUACAUCGCUAUCAAGUAUUCGGAUCGAAGUCACAUACUGUGCACGGAAAGACGUUGUAGCAUAGCAAUAUUGACAUCUUUCAUUUUGCCGCCGAUUCUCUGCGCACCUACGUUUAUGGUAUUCGAUAUUCACACAAAGAACGUUACCGACGCGAGCGGAAACCCCGGCAUCGCAUACCACGUUGACCCCGAGUUCAAAGGAACACUCUAUCAAGCAAACUUCUGGGUUCACGGCGUCAUUAUUAAGCUACUGCCAUGCUCCAUAUUGACAGUCAUUAGUAUAUGGCUCAUUCGAGCCUUAUAUAGUGCCAAUCGGCAUCAGAAAAACUUAAGGACCAAUACGGGUUGCCCGGCUGCGGAAAAGAUGGUCAAGAGACAACUGAAAGCCGAUAAGCGCACAGACAGAACGACAAAGAUGCUCCUGGCUGUGCUAUUGCUAUUUCUCGUUACUGAAUUUCCGCAAGGGAUUUUGGGGUUGAUGAGUGGCUUGCUAGGAUUGUGCUUCUUUAAGCGCUGCUACAAUUUGUUCGGGGAGUUGAUGGAUUUUCUGGCGCUGUUGAAUGGGGCCAUUAAUUUUGUGCUGUACUGCUCAAUGUCACGACAGUUCCGACAGACCUUUCGACACAUGGUGUUACAGCCGCCACUCGCGCGGUGGCUACCACCGGUACCCUCUCACUCGGACUCUCACAAUCAAAAUACGUUCACGGAAAAGAUUAAAAGAUAACUUCAGCCACUGGUGUAUGAAAAUGUGUGCAGCCAAGACAUCGUUGCCGUGAGGGCGUCGAGCAAAACAGGAGAAGGCUUUAGUGCGUGAACACUUUCUAUGAACGAGCCUCUUGUUAAGUGAUUGUGAACGAAUUUCAUUUUUGUGCAUGUACAGAUUCAAGGACUGUGAC